GCUGAUAUCAUUUCUACAGUUGAGUUUAAUCACACUGGAGAGCUGCUGGCAACUGGGGACAAGGGUGGCCGCGUUGUCAUAUUCCAGAGGGAGCCUGAGUGUAAGAAUGGACCUUGCAGUCAGGGGGAAUACAAUGUAUACAGCACGUUCCAGAGCCACGAGCCGGAAUUUGAUUAUUUGAAGAGCUUGGAAAUAGAAGAAAAAAUUAACAAGAUUAAAUGGCUCCCCCAGCAGAAUGCAGCCCACUCCCUUCUGUCAACAAAUGAUAAAACAAUCAAAUUAUGGAAAAUCAGUGAACGUGACAAAAGGCCGGAAGGCUACAACCUUAAAGAUGAAGAAGGAAAAAUGAAGGACCUGUCAACGGUGACCUCAUUACAGGUGCCUGUCUUAAAACCAAUGGAUUUGAUGGUAGAAGUUACUCCCAGGAGGAUAUUUUUCUAAUGGUCACACAUAUCAUGUCAAUUCCAUCUCUGUCAACAGCGACUGUGAGACGUACAUGUCAGCGGAUGAUCUCAGAAUUAACCUCUGGCACUUGGCCAUCACUGACCGGAGUUUUAACAUUGUGGACAUCAAGCCUGCUAACAUGGAAGACUUGACAGAAGUGAUCACAGCAGCAGAAUUUCAUCUCCCUUUUCACUGCAACCUUUUUUGUGUACAGCACCAGCAACGGAUCACUGAGGGCUGUGCGGACAUGAGGGCGAUCUGCACUCUGCGACAAAGCCAUUGCAAGCUUUAUGAAGAGCCAGAGGAUCCCAGCAACAGGUCAUUUUUUUCUGAGAUCAUCUCAUCAGUUUCGGAUGUCAAAUUCAGUCACAGUGGCCGGUACAUGCUCACACGCGAUUACCUCACGGUUAAAGUUUGGGACCUGAACAUGGAGACCAAACCCAUUGAGACAUACCAGGUUCACGAUUACCUUAGGAGUAAAUUAUGUUCCCUCUAUGAAAAUGACUGCAUUUUCGAUAAGUUUGAGUGUGCCUGGAAUGGCUCGGACAGUGUCAUCAUGACCGGUGCAUACAACAACUUCUUUAGAAUGUUUGAUCGGAACACAAAGCGGGAUGUAACCUUGGAAGCCUCCCGGGAAAGCAGCAAGCCCCGAGCCGUCCUUAAACCACGCAGAGUUUGUGUCGGUGGUAAGAGAAGAAAAGAUGACAUCAGUGUCGAUAGUUUGGACUUCACUAAGAAGAUCUUACACACAGCCUGGCACCCAAACGAGAACAUCAUUGCCAUAGCAGCGACAAACAAUCUGUACAUAUUUCAGGAUAAAGUGAACUCGGAUAUGCACUAG